CGUAAGCAUUUUAGGUGCGGAGCAGGUCCAGAGCCCACGUGAUUUCCUUAUCCCACUCUAUAACACUAGGUUGCUUUAUAGGUGGGCUGUGGAAAUAUUUUAAAUGAGUAUAUGUGAAGCAUCAGGUGUGCAGAAGGUGCCUAAGGUUAUUUCUCUCCCUCAGUCCUCUCAUGCCCACUCUGUUUUUCAGUCCUGGGUUCCGGCAGCUGGAGAGAAAAGUCCCAGUGACCAUCUCCCUUCACCAGCAAGGACCAUGUGAGGGUGAAGGUUGUUCUCGUUCCCACUGCGGGAGGGGGCCAGGGUCCCACAGAUCAAGCACCUCUUCUGUUCUGUACCUUGAGAUUUUGUUGCCACGCCCUCCAGCCCAGGGGGGGAGGGGUAGUUUCUCGAGGGGAUGCAGACGUGGGUACAGGGCAGAGGGCUGAAUGCUCUCUCGUUCUGCCGUGCGCUGGGCUUCAUAGCGAGCCAAAUAGACACAGUCUCUGCCUCGGGAGCUCCUGAUCCCUACCACACUCAUUAAGGGCAGGUUUAUCGAAGGAUUAUUUAUGUAAAAUUUACCUCUUUUAGUGGACGGUCCUGUGGGCUUUAAGCAAUGCACAUGGUUGUGUAACUGCCACCACAGUCAAGAUACCGAGCAAUACGGUCACCAUGCCCAGAUUUCCUAGGCUCCUUCAUAGUCUUCCCCCCGGCCCUGGCCCUGGCCCCUGGAAAGUCAUGUGUCCAUAUGGAUCUGCCUUUUCCAGGAUGUCAUCUAAAUGGAAUCACACUGGAUUGACCUUUUGAGUUUAGCUGCUUCCGCUCAGCUUGAUACGUUUGACAUUCAUCUGUGUUAAGAGUUCAUUCCUUUUAACUGCUGAAUAGUAUUCCAAACUAUGGAUUUCCCAUUCUGGUGCCAUUCCUGGGGACAAAGAAAAAGAAAUCAACUAACUUUGACCAAAUUGUCCUGAGCUGACUGAGUUUAUUGAAGGGGACUACGUUUUACAUUUUCUCCCAUGUUCAGAGUUAGGUCUGGAAAAGCAGAUCCGACUGCUGUGGAAAAAUAAAUAAAUGCCAUUUCCUGCACCUCCAACUCUGUGGGUUGAGAAACUCACAUUCUCUUUUGUGUGUGUGUGUGUGUGUGUGUGUGUGUGUGUGUGUUGAUUGGGACAGCAUGGGCCCAGCUGGCCUGAAAGCGACAUUCCGCACUCCCCCAGGCUUUGUGACAGCAGUGCCGAGUCAUAGAGGUCCUGCCCUAAGAGAAGCUUCUCCCCCGCCCCCCACCCCUGGUGUCUGCCUUUGCACAGAGUUCUGCCCUAGUGGGGCUGAUGAGGAAGGAUGGAGUUUCUUGGAACCACUCAGAUUGCCAGUUACUGUGGCCCCAAGAAAGCCUGUGGCAUUGGCACGCUGCCCCCCGCCGUGCCACCUCCCGCAAUCCAGGAAUGCUACCAGCCCUAUUACCUGCCUGGGUACCGCUACCUCACCUCGUGGAGGCCCAGUCUCUUCUACAAGGUCUCCAACACCCAGCCCUGCGUGGAUGAGGGAGCCGCAUGCCACAGCGCCCCGCGGCCACCCACCGUCCUGCCGGCGCUCCGCUCUGCGCUCUUCUGUCGCUAUAGUCCCCACGACUGGGAGCAGUCCAACCAGCUGCAGAUCCGCGGGGCCGAGGCCUCGCGGCUGUGGGCCAGCCGGCUGACAGGCGACUCCAUGCGGCUCAUGCAGGACAAGGAUCAGCUGACGCAUCAGAUGCAGGAGGGGACCUGCCGGAACCUGGGCCAGAGGUUGUCGGACAUCGGCUUCUGGAAGUCUGAGCUGAACUACGAGCUGGAAAGUCUUCUGAACGAGAACCACAGCCUGGAGACAAUCAGGAGGCGGCUGGAGUGUGCGGCCGAGGAGGUGAAGUGUCCCCUGCAGGUGGCCCUGGAAUGCCUGUACCAUCGAGAGAAAAGGACCGGGAUUGAUUUGGUCCAUGACAACGUGGAGAAAAACCUUAUCCAGGAAGUAGAUAUGCUAAAAUGUUGCCAAGAACAGAUGAGAAAAUUAGCUCAAAGAUUUGAGAUCCAGAUGCGGGAUAACCGAGAUGCUCAGCAUGCUCUGGAGAGGGACCUCGAGGACAAAAACUCAGCCCAGUUCAUCGAUGAGAAGUGCUUUAACCUGAGGAACACGUCAGACUGCAUCAACUUCUUCCAUGGCGUGGAGAAAAUCGGUGGCAUGAUCUCCGUGCCCGAGACCUGGGCCAAGUUCAGUAAUGACAACAUCAGGCACUCGCAGAACAUGCGGGCCAACUGCACCCGGCUGCGGGAGGAGGCCGACAGCCUCUUUGAGACCCUGUCGGAUCAGAUGUGGAAGCAGUUCACCGCCACCAACCUGGCCUUCAACACCCGCAUCUCCGAGGUGACGGAUGUGAAGAAUAAGCUACAGACGCAGCUGGCUAAGACGCUGCAGGAGAUCGUCCAGGCAGAGAACACCAUCAUGCUGCUGGAAAGGUCCAUCACGGCCAAGGAGUGCCCGCUGAAGGUGGCGCAGACGAGGCUGGAGUGCCGGACCCGGCGCCCCAACGUGGAGCUGUGCAGAGACAUCCCACAGUUCAAGCUCGUGAACGAGGUGCUCACUAUCGACGACACCCUGCAGACCCUGAAGCUGAGGCUACGGGAGAGCCGGGACAUGCUGCAGCUGCUGGUGAUGACCAAGUGCCGGCUGGAGCACGAGCUGGCCAUCAAGGCCAGCACCCUGUGCAUCGACAAGGACAAGUGCAUGGGCAUGCGCAAGACCUUCCCCUGCACGCCGCGCCUGGUGGGCUACACCUGAGCUGCCGCCACAGGCCCUCAGCACCCCGCUCCUCACCGCUUCCUCUUGCUGCGUCAACGUGGAAAAGGCCGAAAAACAAAAGAGCCUGUGAUUUUUCUCCCUUUCCUCCUAACAUGAAAAGAAAAAAUAUAUACAAAUAUAUUUUAAGAGCCAAAAUAAAUUUGCCUAAAGUAAGA